AUGUUAGACCAGUUGAAAUUAAAACAAGUUGGUGAAUUAAAAGUCGAAACAAUUAUUAGAUUAAAUCGAUUUGUUAUGACUAAUAAUUAUUUUUCUUAUAAUGGCCAAUUUUAUCAUCAAGUAAGAGGAGGAGCAAUGGAUUCUCCUCUUACUCUAACUAUUUCCAAUUGCUAUAUGUACUUCUUUGAAAAACAGCUUGUAAAUCAAAUUCGAAAUAGUGGUGGACUUUAUUUCCGAUAUACUGAUGAUAUAUUUAUUACAAUUAAUUGGUCUGCUACACAUUUACUUAAACAAAUCGAAAGAUGGAAUAAAUUUGAUGAAAAUAUUAAUCUAUCUGCAAAUAUUGGUUCAAUCGUCAAUUUUCUAGAUUUAAAUAUGGAAAAUCAAGAUGGUCAAUUAUUUACUACAGUCUUUCAGAAGCCAUCUUAUGAACUAUAUUAUUUGCCUUUUAAUAGUAUUCAUCCCUUACAUAUGAAAAAGAAUAUUCCAUUUGCCAUGCUAUUACGAGCUGUUCGAUACUGUUCAACAUUUCAAUUGUUUAUAAAUGAACGUGAAAAACUAAGAAUGGCACUAUUACUGACUAAAUAUCCAAAUAAAAUAAUCGAUGAACAAUUCAAUAAUAUGUUACCAAAAUUCAACAUUAUUGAACCACUAACCUCCAAUAAUUAUGUUAGGUAUCGUCAAAUAGUCAUAAACUCUCCUAUUAAAGAGAAACUACUGGUGAAUUAUGAGAAAUCAAUAUUCGUUCAUUUUACCUAA